GGAAUGAAUUUGAUUUGGAAUUGAAACACAGUCAGGAAAGUAUAUACGAUAUCGUCAAUACCAGCGAGUUAACUGCAAUUGAAGAAUGUUAAAUGUUGAAAAUAAAAUAUAAGUUUUACAUUCAAACAGAAUUUAAAUUACAUUUUACAUAUCUGAUCCAUUUAUGAAUUAUUAGGCUGACAACAAUAUUGAAAUUAUAAGCUAGUAUUGCCAUCAUGCGUCAAACAAAUUCAAUAAUUAUCAUGCGAUCAUGCGUCAAACAAUUUACGUACAUUUUGAGCGUUUAUGACCUUAAACCGACGAGAUUUUGCUGGUUAUAGAUCUUUAAAUUUGCAAAUUGGAAGCUUCUUCGUAAGCAAUCUAUUGGGUUUCAGAAAACACACAUUAUACUCCCACACACAGUCAAUUUAAAAUGUUAUCAUUAUUUUACCAAACAUCGCAAAUAAGUACAAAUCACAACAGUCACUUCUCGGGCUUUUGGAUAAGAUAUAAAAGCGUAGUUCGAAAGUGCGUCUUGAAAAGUUAACAUAUUUGUGAAAAAACUUGUAGUUCCACAAAGGUAAGUAGAAAAAACUGCACAAAUUGUAAAGCUAGAUUGAUUUUAUUUUUAAUCAGAAGAGACGUAGGUAAAGUUGGCUUUUAGGUAGUCUGGGUCUGGACUGUUAGGAGUAGAAUGCAAACGACUUGAAUUUCGACAGGUUGAAUUUCGUUAACUCUAGAAACGGUUAGUGAAAAAUAAUCAGUGUUUGUUUCCGUGGAGCUACGAAUAUUUAUCAAGUUUUUGGGCAAGUAAGGGGCGAAUCUUUCAGAUAUAUCGCGUAAAGUGUUUUUCUACUUAUUAAUCCAAAUCAUAUUUAAAUAUUGUAUCAUUUGCUUUUAAAAUAAUAUACUGGCUGAACAUGUCUUGACUAUUAUAAUAUUAUACAGGGUGAUUCAAAAUUGGCGUCAUUUCUCUGGGGAUGUUGUCUGGCAGUUGUUGUUUAGGGAGUAUAGGAUAAAUAGCAAAAACAUGAACUCGUAUCAAAAACUGAGAUGAUUGCAAAAAAACUGGAUCUGAUAAAAAGCCUGGACUAUAGGGCUAUGAGGCUGUCAUCUGCCUCAUUAACAUUAAGUAAAUACAUGUUGCUUCUUGAAUAUCAAAAGCUCAUGUCAGAUUGAAAGAGGUUGCGGUUAGCGGUUAAUUCAAGAAUUAAUUAAGUAAUGGUAAGUUAAGGAGAGGGAAGUGGGUAACCUACAAAUGUGAAAACUCUUUGGUGAUUGGUGCUGAAACAAAAUUUUUACAUAUGAAUCUGUUCUAAAAAUAAGAAGUUUUUACAGCGCCUGCUAUGCUACUGUGGCAGUCCCCCAUCACUAUAGCGUACCCGCAUAUCCGAUAUUGCUGUCAAGCCAAGAAAUCAAAUCAAUAUAUUUUAUAUUUUUAUAUAAUUUCGCUAAUUGUGACAAUUUGAUAACAGACAUACAUAGUAUAUCUGUAAAUGCGUUUAAGUAAGCUAGGCAGAAGUUACGGCAACAUCGCUUCUCCGCAUAUUAGUAUAAAUGCCUUCCCCGGGUCGUUGGAUGUUGCUUUUACCAGUGGUUCCUCGUCAGUGUGUUUGCACGAUAAAAAGCGAGAAACGAAUUCGAUUGCAGCUUCCGUUUAAUCAGCUGCAAUUAUUAUUAUUUAAUGGAUCUAUCCGAAAUUCAAGAAAUUUGUAGACUUUGCUCUUCAGAUAAAGGCACUGGUGUACUGAUCAAUGUCUUCGACAAUGACCUUAAAGAACACCUGAAGGACGUGGUUUUAGUUACUACAGGAAUUCAUAUUUCAAAAAAUGAUUUGAUAUCAAAGAAGAUAUGUCAACGUUGCUGUGAAAUAACUUUGAAUAUGCAUAAAUACCGACAGGAUGCCCUUAAAAAAGAUCAAUCAUUGAAGGAAAAAUGUGCAAUGAUGCUUAACGGGCUCGGAAAUUCGAUAGCAAAAACUGAACAAGACACCGUUAGUUCUUUGCAAAUUUCCGAAAAAUUGGUGGGAGCAUGUGGGAAGCAAAAAACAAACGCGGGAUAUCAUAUCAAACACCAGUUGCAUCCAUCUAUAGCACAAUUAUAUCAGACAUAUCCCAAUAUUAAAUUGCCGAAAACAUGUGUUAAUAUGCACAUGGCUCCUGUUGUCGUUAUUCAAUUACAUGAAGUACGCAAGUAUUGGGAAAGUUCACAUGAGAAAACAUGUGAAACUAAAGUUGAAUGUAACAUAGCUAAGAAACGAACAGGAUCAGCUAUAAGCACGAAUAACAUUUUGGCGAAAAUACCUAGAGUUAGUUAUGGGACCAAUAAUCGUGCAACUGUGGUUACAACGAAGAAAAAACAAGAAGAUAUACGACACUGCCGUGCUGCUGAAAAAGUGGGACCUGUUGAUCCAUUUAAAGAGCAUUUCGUACAAGAAUCUGGCAAUGUUGUGUCUAGCGAUUUGGUUGAAAGUACCGCUUUCCCGUCCCAGCCCGCUUUCUUACAGGCGUUUGGUUUAACACCUACAAUCCCAACAGCAUAUGAACCGAUAUUUAUCUGUGAUAUCUGCGAAUGCGUUCAGAACAGCGCUCGACAGCUGAAUCAUCAUAAAACUACACAUAUGCAGUGUCAGUUUUGCAAGGAGAAAUUUGCAUCUUUUGAAGAUAAGGAGGUACAUGUGAAAACUUCGUGUGAAAUUGUGAAGCGACUAGAUUCUCCAUUUCCAAAAGUUUAUUUAGAGAAAAUUAACUUAAACGUGAAGAUUAGAAAUAUGUAUCGAGAUGCAUUUUCUGAUUGCGAUCCACUUCCAGAAGAUAUAAUGAAACCACCGACUUCGUCUCCAUGCAUAGAAGAUGCAGACAAUAUUAUAGUAUUAUCAGAUGAUGAUGUAGAGUGUGCUCCCGAACAUGCACCCAUUGCAGAUGUCCCUAAGACACCCAACAGUGUACCUGCUUCUAGUGAGGAGACGGGAUAUGUAACCGUUUCCAUAGUCAGACCGAGCAUUUCUAUAAAAAAUAGCACGUUGUUUGACACCAUCAGGUCCUCAAAUAUAAGUGACGGUGCAUUUCUAACAGAAGUUAUGACUCUUCUUAAGUCUGCAAAGAGUACCGUGGACGCUCUGCUACAAACAGAUUUACCGAGUGUCAAAGAUAUUCAAAUUGACAUUUCGACAGGCACAUGCGAGUUUAAAAAUAUAUCGUCAGAAUUAUUAUUCUAUAAGGUACCAGUUCAUAUAAGUAAUGGAUCGUUCCAUGUACGUUAUGUGUUCAAGUCAGACAGGAAAGUCAUUGAUAGUGAAGCACAAUGGAGAACCUUGAAAGUGAUUGAUGCAAGAAGGUCUUUCGCUGAAGCUUCUACAAAUUGUGCUAAUAUGUAUGUUGACAACAACACGCUUCAAACGUCGCAAUCAAACAAAUCGUCGCGUGGUUCAAUAUUCCCACAAGAGUUAGAUCUAACUUCAGUUUCAUCUAAUGCAAACAUUUUAAUAAACAGCCCUUUGAAGAUGAGGAACGGUCUUAAUGUAAAUUCAAGAGUGGUUAGUUCAUCAGCACGCACGACAGAGCCGUCUUCAGUGGGCAAUUUUUUACAAACCAAAGAUAUUUAUUUACCGACAGCUUCUCAUUUACGGACUCCUAUCAACAAAUCUAAACCGGUUUCAAGCCCUUUCGGCCGUUUUAGUGUGAAUACAAACAAUUCACCCAGACUUAAUGUUGGAUAUGAGGCUGGCCCACGAUUGUAUAGGGUCACUCCUACAUUUUCUCAUUAUAAUAGAAUUACCAACAUGCCAUUUAGCACAAUAUCCCCACAAAUGGCUAGUAAUUCAAUGACAGUUCCAGAAAAUCGGUUUGGGCAACAGAACAUUGAUGUUGGUUUAUCGCAAACUUCUGCCAAUCUCAACAGUUCAGUUGCAGCGUCACAAUUAAAUGUGCAACGUCAGCAUUACUUGAAUCAUUCAAUGCCCGCACAAAUCAGAAACCCUCCCAUAUUCCCAAUCCAACCAUCUACUUCAUCGACAAAUGAACUUCAAAUGGCGCAUUCCAAUGCAAUGCGUGUUAUUGCGAACCAAUCGGGUGCAUCGCACACUGGUGAGCCUGUUUAUUCUAACCCUACUGACCGACCGAAGUUUAGAGUAAAAACCAUGUCUGAAUUGCAAUAGGCUUUAUUAAUUUUUCUGCCAUUACCAUAUGUUUAGGAGGUAUGGUUGGCGACACAUGACAGUAGACGACUCCUAGAGGCAAUUUUUCCCGAUUUUGGUAAAUCAGGCUUUGUGAAAUACGUCAAA